AUACUCAAGAUCUUCCCAUUAUUUCCUCAUUUUCUCCUCACCUAAUCUCACAUUUAACACUGCAACUAUACGUUUAUUUAUUCUCUUAAUCACAUUAUUAAUUUAAUUAUUCACCAUUAAUUAAAUAAAGAUAAAACAGAAACUUCUUCCUCAAUAUUUAAGCAGUCCACAUCUUUCUUUCUAAUUUUCUUUUAUAUUUCAUUCAGUCGUCCAUCUAUUUCCUUAAGAACACUGUUGCAUGCUCUUAACAAAGAUUUCUUAGAGAUUCCUGCUUCACUCUUGCUUAGAUCUGCGAUUCUCUAAUCAAUGAUCUUCAACUCACUGAGUUUUAACUCGUCGGAAUGUGCUUUCGUUUUUACUAAUUGAACUGUUUCACAGCGAUGCAUGCCGGAACUCCGGUGACGGAGUGAAAUUCCGGCGAGUGAAAAAGUGGAUCAAAAAUGUUUAAGUGGAGGAGUGAAAGGAAUAGGAUUACUGUUGUUUUCAAAUUACAGUUUUAUGCUACUCAGGUAUCUGAGUAUGGAAGAAAUGGAUUGGUGAUUUCAGUAGUACCAGCGGAGAAUGGGAAACCGACAGCGAGAUUAGAGAAAUCAAUAGUGAAAGAAAAUGGAUGUUAUUGGGAGAAUCCAAUUUAUGAAACCGUCAAAUUUAUUCAGGAUCCUAAAACUGGAAAGAUUCUAGAAAGAAUCUACUACUUUCUCAUCUCAACUGGAUCGCCUAAAGGUAGUCUUGUCGGAGAGUUUUCUGUAAAUAUUGCUGAUUAUGUAGCGGCUACAAAAACUUGUUCAGUUUCUUUUCCUUUCAAGAACUCCAAUUCUGACUCUUAUUUGCAUGUUUCAAUACAAAGGAUACAGGAAAAUGGUAAUCUUGGCAAAGUACAAAGAGAUCUUGAAGAAGAUGAAGGUUUAAGAAUCAAACAGGAAGAUAAGAACAAUUUGAGGCGACAUAUUAGUAAUGGUGAUGUCCAGCAAAGCAGCAAGUCGAAUUCUAUUGACGACCAACCAUUGAUGAAGGAGUCAUCUCACUCAGUUGGGUUGAAUGGUAUACGUAGAGGGUCCAACGGAUCAGACAUUACAUUGUCGAGCUCUGGCAGCAGUUCGGGACUGAAUACUCCACGAGAACUUGUUGGAAGAAAUACCAAUAUCUGUAAAGAUCAGACCUCAAAUAGUUCAGGCUAUCAAGAUCAGCCGAAAACUGACUGGGAUUUGGCAAUUGUCCCUGUUAAUGACUCAAGCACAGAAUAUUCGAUGAAUAGCCCAAGAGAUUUCUUUCCUAGUUUGAGAUCUCCGAUGGGUAUGGAUGAUUCUGUGGACCAGCUCAGAGCCGACCUUGUUGCUUUAUCUAGGAGGGCGGAAGUGUCGGAGUUAGAGUUGCAAACACUGAGAAAACAGAUUGUGAAGGAGAGCAAAAAGGGGCAAGAUUUGUUGAGAGAAAUUAACAGCUUGAAAGAGGAAAGAAAUGCACUCAAGGAUGAAUGUGAAAAGCUUAAGGCCUCUCGUAAACGAUCUGAUGAUCUGAAGGUUAAAAGCAAAUUGCAGUAUGAGGGGGAUCCGUGGACUCUUAUUGAAGUAAUCAGAGAAGAGCUCAGUUACGAGAAGGAAAUGAAUACCCAUCUUCGAUUACAGUUGCAGAAGACGCAGGACUCAAAUGAGGAGCUGAUUCUCGCUGUGCAAGAUUUGGAGGAGAUUUUGGAAAAUAAUAGCAAAGGAGUUUCACAUGUGCCAAACCGGUCUAUAUCUGGAGAAAGUGCCGUAGAGAUUGAAGAAAGUAUCCUUAAGAGCCAGAGUGAAGAUGAUGAAGCACAAAAAGCUCUGGAAGAUCUGGUGAGGCAACAUAGUGAUGCACAGGAGACGUAUAUGCUUGAACAGAAGGUCAUGGACCUAUGCAGUGAAAUCGAAAUGUACAGGCGAGAUAAAGAUGAAUUAGAGAUGCAGAUGGAGCAGCUUGCACUUGAUUAUGAAAUAUUGAAGCAAGAGAACCAUGAAUUCUCUACUAGACUUGAGCAAAAUCAUCUCCAAGAACAGCUGAAGAUACAAUGUGAUGGCUCUAGUUCUUAUGUUGCCAUGAAAGAAUUAGAAACCAAGAGACAGAUGCUGGAAAAUGAACUUCAUGAAAAAGAUGAAGAAUUGUCUCUUUGUUUAGCAGAAAAAAAGGAUCUUGAAGCAUGUAAUAAAACCCUCAAAGAAGAGCUACAAAAACAAGCAGAAAGAUUUGAAACAGAUAUGAAAGCUGUUAGAAGAGCUCAAAUGGAGCAGCAGCAGAGAGCUGCGCAAGCAGAAGCAGCUCUUAAUGAGUCUGAUGCUAUCAUAAGUGAACUUGGAACUGCAAUUGAAAAGUUGAAGAAAGAACGCAACAGGAAUUUAGAAGAUUUGUCAAGCUCUUUCACUGCCAUUGAGGAGCUCGAAAAUCAUAAUCUUAAUCUAGAGGAAGAACUUCAAAAACAAGCGCAAAGAUUUGAAGCUGAUAUGGAAGCCCUAGGUCAUGCAAAACAGGAACAGGAACAGCGUGCUUUGAAAGCCGAUGAAGCUGUGACCCAUUCAAAUGAUACACUGAAUGAGCUUCAAACACAAAUCAAGAAGCUGGAAACUGAACUCAAAAUGCAUUCAGAAGAGUCUUCAAAACAUUUGGCUAGGGUGAAGGAACUUGAAGCUCAAAUCCAGAACCUUGAAGAAGAUCUAGAGAAACAAGCAGAAGGUUUCGAAGGCGAUCUGGAAGCUGUAACGCGUGCCAAAGUUGAGCAGGAGCAGCGAGCUAUCCGGGCAGAAGAAGCCCUUAAAUUGGUGAGGUGGAAAAAUGCUAAUACAGCUGCGAGAAUUCAAGAUGAAUUCAAAAGAUUGUCUACACAAAUGCAGUCAUCAUUUGAAGCUAAUGAGAAGCUCGCUAGCAAAGCGUUGACUGAAGCUAGUGAUUUAAGAAUGCAGAACCGUCAUCUGCAGGAUCUUCUUCAGAAAACUCAUGAAGAGCUUCAGUUGACUAAAGAUGAAUAUGAAACGAAACUACGUGAUCUUCGCUGUCAAGUUAAAAUGAAGUCUGCUCAGAUUGUGCAGAUGGAGGGUAAAAUUCAAGAGAAGACUAAACAGGUAGAAACUCAGAAAAAGCAAACUGAUGAACUCGAGCGAGGUGUUUCAGCUCAGCACUUGGAUCACAGAUCAGAAAUAGAGAGACUUGCCUCGGAAAACAAGGCACUAGCUGAACAGAUGCAAGCACUGACCAAAGAAAGAGAUUUGCUUGUUGAAAAGGCGAAUAUGGAACACGACAAUGUAGUCAUGGAGAUUGCAGGAAAGUCGCUUGAGGAAUUAUCCAUGUUGAGAAAUCUCAAGGAUGAAAAAGAACACGAAGUUAUGAAUUUGACCUCUGAAUUGGAAGAAUUAAGAGCUCAGUGUGACACCUUAAAGCAUUCUCUAUAUGAAGAUGAAUCAGAAAAAGAGAAAUUAUGGAAGCAGGUGUUCCAACUUAAAGCUGAUUUAAAAAAGAAGGAUGAAGCAAUUUUGAGUAUUGAGAAGAAGUUCAAAGAGAAUAGUGGAAGAGCCACAGUUCAAGACAAACCGAAAGCUAAUACUAAAAAUACAAAAUCUGAGCGUAGUCCUAAAGAGACUAGUUCUAAAGAAGUAGCCUUGUUAAAGGAAAGGAUAAAAUUACUAGAGGGGCAUGUUAAGUCGAAAGAAGUUGCCUUAGAGACCUCCACAAAUGCUUUCUUGGUGAAAGAGAAGGAUCUUCAGGGAAAAAUCGAGGAAUUACAGAGUAAAUUGAGUGAGCUUGAUCAGAAUAACGCAGGCAACGACCAUGAUGCAGCAACACAGGAAAAGGUUUCUAUUGGCACACAAGUAGACUGUCAUACAGAAAAUGAAAAAUUUAUCACUGAUGAAAGUCCCAACAAUAUGGAGCCAAAAAGAAAUGAUCAAAUAGGAACUGAUAGCCAACCAAAGUCUUCCAACAAUGAUUCUGGAGACCAGCAGAAGAUUGAUGUAUUAUUGAAAGAGAUGGUUUUGUUAAAGGAAAAGAACAAUGCCAUGGAAAUUGAACUAAAUGAGAUGCAGGAAAGGUACUCAGAAAUAAGCCUAAAAUUCGCUGAAGUAGAAGGCGAACGACAGCAACUUAUAAUGAGGGUUCGUAACCUUAAGAACGCUAAGAAAAGUUAAUACGGUGAUUCGCUCGAAUUCUUUCAAGUUUUCGAGUUAUUAAGAUUGGCAAGAAGUAUAAAAGAGGAUUCGCUCGAAUUCUUCCAAGUUUUCGAGGUAUUAAGAUUGGCAAGAAGUAUAAAAGAGGAUUUCAAACAUACUAAAAACAAAAAUUGGGAAGGGAGUGAUCUUGAUUCUGGUUGAAUUAAAAUGAUAGUGUAAAUUCGUCAUUCUUUUUUUUUUUUUCUCCUAUUCUCAAUCUCAAAUCAAUGUGAAAUAUGCAGUUAGUGCUUAUAUACUGUAUCAGUACCACAGUCCAUAAAUUUGUUUGAAUAGGUAGUUCAUCUUUUUAUUUUUAUUUUUUUACUGUUUUAUCAUUUGUUAAAUUCUUUAGUAUUUUCUGAAAGGCUUAAUAUUUGCACGAAAAGUUAUUUAAUGAAAGUAUAGCGUUCAUCUUUCUA